CGAAUACAAUAUAAGUGUCAUUCGCGAUCCAUCAACAUGUGCACGCACAAAUUAAAUUAUCCUAGCUAAUAUUCUUCAAGGAAGAUCGAAGAAUAAUCACAAUGGAAAUCUCAAAGAAAUAAGCUAUCAAGAGGUUGAAAAUUACCAGAGUAAUGCUUCCUGAAUAAAAUAAGCGUUUGAGAAAAGAAACUAAAAAAAAAUCAAAUCGAACGUAUCAAAAAAACGACAUAUUUAUACAUGUAUAUGAAACGGUCGUAAAAUAAUUGGAAGUCACACGAUCGGAUGUAAGUAACGCUCGACGGUUCAAACGGACCAAUAGGCGCUACGUGACGUCGAUGGCGGACCAAUCGGGCAGCCGCAUCAGCGGCGGCUUGAACAACGUCGCGAGCGAUCGGCCAUCUUCGGCGUCACUCGGCGACUCGAACGCCGCAUAAAGACGCGCGAUAAAAGCGUCGUACAAAGCAGCCGGUUGUCCAGGAACUCGUUCGUCCUCGUCGUGUCGUGUAUCAGCCAGUGUAUCGUCCUGGGUGCUCAGGAGUUUUGCAUCUCGAAUUCCGACUUGUGACACUUGACGGAUCUGUUUCGUCGUCGGAGUGAUCGAGUAUCGAGAACGAGACUCGUCCCAAAAACCAGAAACAUCGUUAUGGCUACCGUAGCAGAGUCGUCUGUUCUCGACGAAUCGGGACAAAGGAGGAAUAACGCGCCGUUUAAGAAACCCAGCGGCAAGGGCAAACCGCGGACCAAGCAGCCGAAGAAGGUGAAAUUCAUCACGACCGAGAUCCGAUGCCAGGAGAAAACCAAGGGCGGACUGUGCUACGAAGUGAUUCUGGCGGAACCAACGGGGCCUAAGAGAGCACCAUCACCGCCGCAGACGAGCCCAACGCAGCAGAUCGCGAUCGAGGACAAGCUGAAAGCCGCUGAAGAGCGUAGAUUGUCCAUCGAGGCGCACAAACUCGCUGCCCUCGCUGCCAAACUUAGCAAGAUCGAGGAAGCGUCUCGCAAGAAGGAUGAACUUAGCGCAGCUUUUAUCGCCGCGACUCGCGAGUCCUUGGAUGCUAAGAUGAACAACACGGAAGAGAAGCGAGAGGCUCACAUCGCCGAUUUAAAGAAUAAGCUAAAGGAGCAUUUGGAGAGCGUUGAAAAGACUCGCUUGAGUCUUGAGCAACAAACCGAGGAAGUGCGAUGUGCCGUCGAAGAGAAGCUGAAGACUGCUGCGGCUCAGCGUGAUGAGAACAUUAAGAAAAUGUUGGAUCGUCUCAAGGAACAUGAGGAGCAAGUAGCUCGCGUACGUCAAGGAAUGUCGGAGCGCGUACAGCAAUUGGAGUCCCAAAUUCAGGGCAAGUUGGAGCAGGCACGUGAACGUCGCGAGACCAUCGAGCGCGAGCAAAAGGAAAAACUGCGUAAUCAUAACACGGUGAAGAUAGCUCAAGUGCGUCAGAUGGCAGCGCAAGAGCUCCUGGUGAAAAAGUUCGAGUUUGACAAGAGAGUGACAACCGCGGAGCUGAAUCGGCAGCGAGAGAUCCAGCGCCGCGUGCAAGCGAUUCGCCGCCACCAUGAAAGGCGUGCCGAGAUUGUGAGACAGAAUAAGGCGGCAAUCCGGGAUAAUAAUCCUGCAAACCCAGCGGAGCAAAUUCUACCGGUGGAGAACGAGACUGCCAGCUCCGGCUAAGUAUCCAAUAUUCUCUUCAAGGCCGCUCGAACGCCCCCGCAAGACUCCGUUUCGCUUUGUGCCAUUAUUUUCUGACUCGAAGUAAAACGGGAGGUCGAUCGCGCGCAUCGGACAUGUAUGUCAGUAUUUUGAACUGGAGAAGCAGGGGGACAUAUCAUUUCUCCCUGCAGUUUCUCAAUUAUCGCGCGGAUAAUACUGCCUUUAUCAAUUUUUAUUCGUAUAUAUCAUCAAAAAAACGUUACAAACAAACAAAAGUUAUUAAAUUAUUAUUCAUUGUAGAAAAAAAGUAAAUGAGGGA